CACACAAGUGAUCACAAUUAUUUUGAGUGCAUACUGUUAGUAAAAAUAUAGCAUAACACAAACAGCUUGCUGAAAGAAUGUGUUGACAUGAAAACAAAAACAUCACAUUUUUUUAUUUAUUUUUGAAGCUGCAGCAUACAAAAUCAUAUCCAAGGUCAAUUCACUUAACUGCAUAAUUCUUCCUAAAUUCUAGGUAUGACGAAACUUUUAGGGCAUUGGAAGCUUUACAGCAGUGACAACAAAUGGGAUGACUAUAUGAAAACUAUGGGUGUCAAUAUAAUACUUCGAAAAGUAGGAAACAGUAUAACUAGCUGCGAAGAAAUCAAACAGACCGAUGAUUUAUGGGAACUCCUAAUAACGUCUACAUUUAAGAAUGCUCAUCUUAAAUUCAAACUUGGAGAAGAGUUCGACGAAACAACAUUGGAUGGCAGAAAAUGCAAGUCAACGUUUGCCGUGGAAGGAGAUGAUCUAGUACAUUACCAAAAAGGUUUUAAACCGGGCGAAGUGGAAUCGAAAAUAACACGGUCACGUGUUGAUGACGACACUAUGACAAUUACUCUGGAAGCAUUAGGGAAAAACCUUACCACAGUUCGAACAUUUAAACGAUAUACACCAUAAUUUAUAACUGAAUAAAAAUCUGGCUUUUU